AUGACCAGCGCGCGAAACUCGACUUACUCGACGCACAGUGUGGCUGAUGCUCACCUAUUGGCAUUACUGGAAGAAAAGCAAGACACUGGCCAGAUCAACGACAAAGGCUCCAGAUUUUCGACAUUGUUUCCCGCGAGGCUGCUGGAGACGAUAUUGAUCAUUCCAAGCAGUGUGUCUCGCAGACAUGAGGACGACACGGCCGAAGACAGGUCGCCAGUAACUUCAUUCAAUGACAUGCAGAGAUCAGUACAGAUCAUUGGACUGCCAAAGCCUGCAAAAUCAAAACCCAGGUUGAGCCAUCAUUUCGAGGCGGAACAUAUCAUCGACCACAGCGACGCGACCAUUGACAAUCCUGCUCAAGGCCCUGAUUACGACUCUGAACCACAGAUGCAAUAUCUGGCUCCUGGUCGAUCAAACGAGUUCACACCCGAGUACCGUCAGCAAGGCUGUGGAUAUCGUCACCCAACAUAUUAUGGAGGACCGUGUGGGAGAGUUGGAUAUUGCGGUUAUGGCAGAGGAUAUGGCGGUCCUCAAAGACCACCGCAAGCUUACUUUCCGGGAGGCAGACGACAACGAAGGUAUGGAGGAGGGUACUAUUAUGGUGCAGGGGGUUGUGGGUAUGGCAGAGGUGGUUAUGCAGGUUGCGGUCCGUAUUACACCCAGAGGCCGAUGCUUGUCCGACGACAUGGCGGGUUCUGCUGCUGUUGUUGA